AUGCAGGAAAAUGUACCUACAGAAGUCAGUACCGUCCCUCCUCCAAGUCAUGUAACAAUAAAAAACCCAGCAGCUAAUCCCCGACGAAUGCGACGGCUUAUUGCUGAAGAUCCUGAAUGGAAUUUAGCCACAGUUCCACAGCUCACAGAGCUCUGCAUCCAGCACAUAAUCAACAAUUUUGAAAAAAAUCCUAUCUUGGAAAGGCUACUUCCUGAUCACCAAAAGAAAGUGCUAGAAAAGAUUUCUACAAGCCUACCCCUUAAGGUGACUGCAAAUUUGAUCAGCGAUGAAGGCUACUGGAAACGGUGCUGUACUGGAAGAUGGACAGUUUGCGAUGUAUCCGCCUAUGGAAACAGUUGGAAACGGAUGUUUUUUGAACGCCAUUUGGAAAACAUUUUGAAGUUUUACAUUCCAGAUACUACUAAUCCCAAUGAAGUUCUCGACCUCAUUCCACUCUGCAAGGAAUACGUAAAAAAACUAGAGAUUGACCAGUUCCUUCCACCAGUGAAGCUAGAUCAAAAAAAGGAAGAGGAAGAUGUCUCUGAUACUGAAAGUGAUGCUGGAAUAGACGAACCUUCCAUGGACCAUUUUGACUUGAGCCUGCUUCUUCCUGUACUCCCUCAUCUUGAGGAACUGCAUCUUUCAUAUGGUGUUAAAGACUGUGGCAUGAAUUUUGAAUGGAAUCUUUUCGAAUUCACUUAUCGAGAUUGUUGCUCACUGGCCAAUGCUAUUAAGAAAUGCCCAACUCUAAAAGUGUUCAAGCUGACCCGGAGCAAAGUGGAUGACGAUAAAGCUAGGAUACUGAUCCAGCACUUAUUAAACCACCCUUCAUUGGUAGAAUUAAACUUAUCCCACAAUUUGAUUUCAGACAGAGGAGCACGAGCUAUUGGCAAGCUAAUUAACCACAGUAAGAUGGUAAAGCUUAACAUCUGUGACAACAGGAUUCGGGCUCAAGGAGCCCAGGCUAUAGCUCAUGCACUGUCAAAGAAUUCUAUUUUGACGUCUCUCAAUUUCCGCCUCAACUGCAUUGAGGAUGAAGGAGGCCAAGCCAUUUGCCAUGCCCUGCUACUUAACAGCACACUGACGAAUCUUCACUUGGGUGGCAAUGAAUUGUCAGAGCCAACAGCCACCCUUUUCUCUCAAGUCUUGGCUCAGAACACUGCUUUGUCUCAUAUCAACCUCUCCUGCAAUCACAUUGGACUAGAUGGAGGGAAGCAAUUGCUGGAAGGCAUGUCUGAUAACAAGACGGUAGUGGAAUUUGAUCUCAGACUGGCAGAGGUGGGACAAGAGAGUGAAUAUCUUAUUAAUCAGACUAUAAAGGCCAAUCAGGAAUUAGCCCGUCUCAGAAACCUGCACCAUUCCACCACGUAA